AUGAUCAAAGACAAAAGAUUCUACUUGGGAGGCCAUGACGAGCACACGUCAUUAGACGCAGAAAUAGUAGGAAUGGUCUUAGCAGUCCAGCUGCUGAAGGAGGCAGGUGGACGGGGCACCAUGGCGUUGGGGGUGGACAAUCAGGCGGCAAUCAGGAGCACAGGAGACCUCCACUCCCAGCCCGGUCACUACCUCCCGGUCGUUAAUGUUAUACUCCAUGACGCCCUCAGGGAGCUGCUACCUGUCAAGGACGGGAGGCAACUAAUCAUCAGAUGGACGCCAGGUCAUAAUGGGAUAGCAGGAAAUGAGGCGGCAGACGUACAGGCAAAGAGGGCAGCUAGAGGUGAGGCAUCAGCAGGCAACAUGCUACCCAAGUCGCUCCGAACAAGAACAAACAUCCCCAUAAAACUACCUUUCAGCAAAUCGGUAGCCAAGUAA